UAAUACCUGGAACACCUAUGAUUGAUCCGCGCACACAAUUUCUGUUGGCAUUAUGGCCUACAGGUGUACCUACCGAUUAAACGAAGUGUGGGCAGGAUUUGAAAAUGCAAGUAGAUUUUCUAAAAUUAUUGGAGCUAUAGACGGAACACAUAUUAACAUUCCAGCCCCAAAAAACAAUCCUGAAUGUUAUAUAAAUCGCAAAGGUCACCAUUCCAUCCAACUUCAGGCUAUUUGUGACCAUAAAUACCAAUUUAUUCAUUGUUAUGCUGGACAUGUUGGAUCUGUCCACGAUCAACGGGUAUUUCGUCAAUCAGAAGUUCAACAUUAUUUGGGAGAUGUUACAAAAUUCCCACAAGAUAGCCAUUUGGUUGGUGACGCGGCUUAUAAAUUACAUGAAAAUUUAUUGGUACCAUACCGUGACAAUGGCCAUUUAACAGAACGACAGCGAAAUUAUAACUUCUGCCAUUCUUCAGCAAGAAUUGUCAUUGAGAGAGCGUUUGGCCUUUUAAAAGAAAGAUUUCGUUGCCUUUUAACUACACUUGCCAUGGAUCGAACAGAUUUAAUUCCUAUGCAUAUUCUGUCUUGUUGCGUAUUACAUAACAUUUGUUUAAUGAGAGGUGAUGAACUUAAUUUUGAAACAAACGACGUAGAACUUACUGAUAUAGCAGACAAUGUUGAAAAUGUUUCUGCUGUUUCUAAUGCGGGUGUUGCUAAAAGAGAUUUCAUAUGUGAAAGAUUAAGAAUGAGACAUGUGUGA